ACAAAAAAUAUGGCCGCCGUGGCCUGGGUCAUUCUCCAGCUGUUUCUGUUUUUCGUGAAACACAGCAAACGAAACCCUUUUUGGGCGCUCGUAAAUGUGUGCAUUGUGCUUCUGGCUCCAGCUCUUGCAGCGUCAGAUAGUUCCGCUUCAAUCGAAGUGAGCAUUUACGACACACUAAGUCACCAACCUAAGCUGUCAAAAUCUGACAGUUCGUCAGCUGUAUCUGACGUGGUUGCGGAAAAUAUUCAGGGUAAAUUUGCGUUUAUCGGACAGAAGAAACAGGCUGAUGGCAGGCUUCAUAUGCUGUCAUCAGAUUGCGGAGAGGAUGAUGAGAAGGAGUAUGCUCGUCUCCCAAGAGAUUGGAUAGCUGUGUUUCACUACUCGGAGAGGAGUGUUACCUCUGACAACGCAACAAGGGGAUGUCCUUCCGUCAUAGAUAGGAUGCAAAAGGCUUUGAUGUUUGGAGCUUCAGCAAUUAUCAUCUUAACUUUGAACCCACGAAUCAUUAAAGAGCUGGAGAUGAAGAAACUGCUGGCCUACCCUGUGGUAGUGGUUGAGUCAGUUGACAACAUCACUAACUUUGUGGCAGUAUUGACGAGCAAGGUGAAGACCCGGGCCAGGGUGACCUACAACACAGCCCUAGCUUAUUGGCAGAAAUUCCCCACACUGACUCUGUGGGCCACAUGCGGCCGCCCUAAUGGACGCAGCUUUCAUGAGUGGGAUGGAGUUAUCUGCCUUGGCACAAAAGCAGAAUCUGGAGACCAGGGCAAGGCAGACCCAGCGCAGUUCUGGAACUUUUUCUACUCGGCAGCCUUUCUACUUCUGUUAUUACUGGUAAUGAAGGCACGCAUGAGAGGUAGACACCUAAAUGGGGCUGAUGACAUGGAGAUUGCCCUUAGGAAGCUAGCCCACCAAGCGCUGUCCAGAAUGAUGACAAGGAAAUGGCAUCGCAGUCGUCAGGACCAGGAAAUAUGUGCUAUCUGUCUUGAUUACUUUUCACCAAAACAGAAAUUACGAGUUCUUCCAUGUGGUCAUGAGUUCCACACUAAAUGUGUCGACCCGUGGCUUGUCAAAAACCGCACGUGUCCUCUUUGUAAACUUAACAUUGUCGAGAAAAUGGCUGUCAAGUGAAGAGAAAUCUAAGGAUUUUCACAAGUGAAUUAUUUUGCUAAACCAGUGAAACAUUGACAUUUUCUAUCAUGAAUUUGUCACAAUACAACUGGAAACCCACCACAUUGCAAUGAGCUUCCUUCGGACUGAAAUGAUCCUUGAACUGCAGAUGACUUAACUCGCCGGGCUAGGGUAACCAUUUACCCGAACCAGCCUUGACCAAAAUUACUCUUUAUUAUAACUACAUAGAUCUUUUAUAUGAGUUAUGAAAGGUGCUGUGCAGAAGGUGUAUUCAAUUUACAAUGCCAGACUAGAGAUAGCUGUGUCAAUGGUGUCAGUCUGUGCCUGCAUGGUUUUUCCUCUCAGGUACAUGCUUGUUUGGGUGAUUUCUUGAACCGGUGAUCCUCCAUUCCACGUUGUUGUAUACACAGAACUCACAUGUUUAUCUCAGAUUUUUGUGACGAUGAAUCAGUAAAGCUUCAGUAUUACAUUAGUUUUGAAGUACAGGUAAUGACUAGGGUACCUGAUAUACACCAUAUAUAUCUGUUCAUGGAGAUGAGAGUAUUCUGUUAUGAGUAAACAUAUCAUGCUGAAGUCCUCUUUGGUCUUACUUGAUUCAGUGCCUGACGGUAGCUUUUAGUGGUGUUGCUCCUGAUGUAGCAAUUGAGAAUCAUUUAAGUUAGGCAAAUUGACAAACAAAUCUUCAGUUCUUUUGUUUUGAUAAAUAACAUGUCUUACCUUUUUUUCAUGAAUGGUAUCCCCUUAAACGAAUGGUAUCCCCUUGAACGAAUGGUAUCCCCUUGAACGAAUGGUAUCCCCUUAACUGCUAUCAAUAGGGUAUCACCAUACAUGCCUGUUGAAUGUCAAAAAAUUAAACAAGAUGUGGUCAACUGUAGAUAAAAUUCUGACCAUAAGUAAAGCGAUACACCUGUUCUGUGGAGGAAAAUGAACAGACAAAUCCUUAAAAAUAAUUAAAUGAUUUUAUUGUACUACCUCACAUUCUUUGACAUUGAUUUCAGAGGGGAUGAUUGGAUUUAAGGCCUAAGGAAAUAUACCUUUAUAUCCACAAUCACAAAUUAAAAAUUACAUUCUUAUAAGUUUGCCUAUUGAAUGAUCUAUUGUGAUAGGAUAUCGACCAUCAUGAUAAGAUUACCAGGUCUUACACCGUAUUUUGCUGGUGCAUUCGAUACGUAGGUUUUCGUUAUAUUUACUUUUGAACGUGCUAAUUAUUCUUCUGUACUAAAAUAGUUUCAGUUGUAAUCUGUUAUAAACUUUAUGAUAUUAACUUUAUUUGUUUUACAACAAUCAUAAAACAAGUUUUAUUUAAUUAUGUUGUUCACUCUUGAUGGAAGCAUGAAUGGGGUAUUAAAGAUUUAUUUGUUAUCAUAUUACUAUGAAUUUAAAGAUGUAAUCAAAUAAUUAAUAUAUGAAACAUGUAGUAUUUUUCUGAUAAUCAGAUUCAAAGCUUUUUAAAACAAAGUUUUCCAAAUUCCAUUCUUUCAUUAUCGGUGAAUAAAUUUGUAACGAAAGAUUAAAGUUUCUGAUAUGGAGAAUGUUUAAAAAGAUUUGAUUCUGACAAAACCAGUGCCAAGAUUUUUUAAUUUUUUUUUAAUUGAAAACUGCAUAUUUUUGGUGUAGGUUUUUUAUCGAAAGAAAUAAGAAUUAAUCUGAUCAAGUUUAGACUUUUUAUUUCGUUCCAACACCGAUUGAAGUAUCGAUAGUAGAGCAAAAUUAAAAGGAACUAAAUAAGAAUGAUCAUAAUAUUAUAAUAAUUAGUACGAUACCUGCCAAAAAAUUAUUGUUAAGAAGUGAUUGGAUUUUUUUAACAAAUCUAGUCUACAAAACAUCAAACGCUUCCAUUUAUAUUAAUUCACUGCGUAUAAUUGUGAUGCAUUUUGGUAAUUUAAACUGUAGGUGUAUUUCGAAUGAAAUGUAAAGAGAGCUCGAAGAGUGAAUAUAAGACCUAUGAACUCAUUCAGUUGUCCAGAUCUCGAGUGUAUACUUAACAAAUAUAUAAUAUUUUAAUCAUGAUUCAUUUUGCUUACAAAGUAUAAUACAGUUAUAAAUUCACAAUAACGAAUAUAAAUGUGAAAGCGCCUCUCUCCGUUUCCUACACAAAACACGUAUAUUGAAACAUCGUUUCAAUCAUAUAUACAUCGAAUUGUAAGGUCACUUAAUUACAGACUAACAGUGAUAUAUUUCAAGCACCAAUUGCAUAUCAAAUAAAAAAAAAAUGUUUUGCAUUUUCUGUAAUAUGAAAACUUGAACUCGUACUGUAAUAAUAUUAAUUUUUCGAUUUUAUUCUAAAACUCAGGGCAUGCAAGAAUUGAUUUUGUGAAGUUCCAAUAAAGAAAUUUAAUACAAUGGUGUCAUUUUGCUGUAUUACAGUCAUGAUUUAUAAUGUUGUUGAAUGCAUGUAAUUCAUAAAUGUGUUGGUUUAUUUUGAUCUGGCGAUGUUUUGAUGUUACUGCAUGAAUACAUUUUGCAUCUUUUAUAUUUCCGUUUGAUUCAUCUACAUAAUGAAAUUGAUUUUACAUGAUAUCCAGUGCAAUCAUCUUCUGAUAUUUAUUUUACCAUUUUAAUUGGUUCAAAUUCAUGUCAAAUCUGUUAUUUAGUGAAUCAUGUGAUACUAUUUAUUGAUUGAUCACUUAGUUUGUAUACAUUGAUCAUUGUUUAGUUUUACAAUUUCUCCACAGAAUUGUAACACGAGGAUUGUUUUAAAUUUGUAUUCCCUUUACUUAUCUAGCAUACAUCGGGGACUGGCUCAACAUGUCGAGUGAAAAAGGCGAUGAAAAUAUUUCCAGUGUAAUAGUGUUUAUUCUUUUUAAAGUUUUAUUUAUGGGUCCAAA